GGGAGGGGCCGUGCUGGCAGGCUCUCAGGCACUGAGCGGCGCUACCCAGGCUCUGCUCGGCUCCGGCUCAGACUGCAGCUCCAGUGGGGGUGGGCGGCGGGGAUGACAGCGGCGGUGGCAGCGGCUGCGGCGCGGGACUGAGCGAGCAGCGAGCGAGCCGAGGAAAGAGGAGGAAGUGUAGCCGCGGCCCGGAGCUCUGGAGUCAGCUGCCGCGCCGUGGACCGCCCCAUAUUGCAGAGCCAGCCGAGUCCGGACCUAGAAAGACUUCCCCGCAGGCUCCGGCCGCCUCGGCUCCGCGCUCCUCGCCGGCGCCCUGCCCUGCCCCGCCUGCCCCAGCCCCGGGUUCCGGCGGGACGCUCCCUGCUCCGCGGUCCGGGGCGUGUAGCCCGGACGCCCCGAGCCCCCGACCCAGAUCCAGUGCACCGGGACGGGACGCUCCUCGCCCACCAUACGGCUCCAGGGUUACGAGCUCGCUCGCAGCCUUUCUGUAGUGUGUGUCGGAGCCCCCAGCCCUCCGGCCAGGGUUAAGGCGGGGUGCACCCCAACCCCCUGAUUGAGUGCAAAGGAGUCCGGACGCCUCCAGACUCUGGUUCCCCGAAACCCGGACCUUCUGCCUCCUCUGAUACGGUACUUCGGACUUGGGAUCCUUGCGAAAGUCCAGGAAGCCCCGGCCUCGUCCAGAUCCCCGUGAGGGGUCCCAGGAGGGCUGGACAGUCAGACUGAGCCAGACUGGGUUGGUGCUGCGAGUCGAAGCUGCCACCUUCCUGCCGCCCAGACGAGGGGGCUGAAAGCUUGCCCCGAAGAGAACACAAGAGAGAGCCGAGAGCUGCAGGCACAGAUCCCUUUGGGGGUUUGUAGGACCCACAUACUGAAGUUCACCUCAACCUCCAUCCACCAGACCAACUCAGCAUCUGGACCAGCUGGGGGCCUCCAUGGGCGCCUGAAGGCAGGGCGCCAGGGCCGCGGGCACGAGCAUGGUGAGACACCAGCCCCUGCAGUACUAUGAGCCGCAGCUGUGCCUCUCCUGCCUCACGGGCAUCUACGGCUGCCGCUGGAAGCGCUACCAGCGUUCUCAUGAUGACACCACUCCGUGGGAGCGCCUCUGGUUCCUGCUCCUGACCUUCACCUUCGGCCUCACGCUCACCUGGCUCUACUUCUGGUGGGAGGUCCACAAUGACUACGAUGAAUUCAACUGGUACCUCUACAACCGCAUGGGCUACUGGAGUGACUGGUCCGUGCCCAUCCUCAUGACCACAGCAGCUGCCUUCACUUACAUCGCUGGCCUCCAGGUCCUGGCACUAUGCCACAUCGCCGUGGGGCAACAGAUGAACCUGCACUGGCUUCACAAGAUCGGGCUGGUAGCCAUCCUGGUAGCCGCCGUGGUGGCCAUGUCGGCUGUGGCCCAGCUGUGGGAGGACGAGUGGGAGGUGCUCCUCAUCUCCCUGCAGGGCACAGCACCAUUCCUGCACGUGGGGGCCCUGGUGGCUGUCACAGCGCUCUCCUGGAUCGUGGCAGGACAGUUUGCCCGUGCAGAGCGAUCCUCCUCCCAGAUAGCCAUUCUCGGAACCUUCUUCACCGUGGUGUUCACCCUCUACCUGGCCCCUCUCACCAUCUCCUCUCCCUGCAUCAUGGAGAAAAAGGACCUGGGCCCCAAACCUGCCCUCAUCGGCCACCGCGGGGCCCCCAUGCUGGCCCCAGAGCACACACUGAUGUCCUUCAGGAAGGCCCUAGAGCAGAAGCUGUAUGGACUCCAGGCUGAUGUCACCAUAAGCCUGGAUGGGGUGCCCUUCCUCAUGCACGACGCCACCCUGCGGCGCACCACCAACGUGGAGGAGGAGUUCCCAGAGCUCGCCCGCAGGCCCGCCUCCAUGCUCAACUGGACCAUCCUGCAGAAGCUCAACGCCGGCCAGUGGUUCCUGAAGACGGACCCGUUCUGGACAGCCAGCUCCCUGUCACCCUCCGACCACAGGGAGGCCCAAAACCAGUCCAUCUGCCGACUAGUGGAGCUCUUGGAGCUGGCCAAGGGCAAUGCCACGCUGCUGCUCAACCUGCGUGACCCGCCGCGGGAGCACCCCUAUCGCAGUAGCUUCCUCAACAUCACGCUGGAGGCCCUUCUGCACUCAGGCUUCCCCCAGCACCAGGUCCUGUGGCUGCCCAACAGGCAGAGGCCCUUCGUGCAAAAGGUGGCUCCCGGCUUCCAGCAGGUGUCAGGCUCCAAGGAGGCGGCCGCCAGCUUGAGGAGAGGCCACAUCCAGCGGCUGAACCUGCGCUACACUCAGGUGUCCCGCCAGGAGCUCAGGGACUAUGCGUCCUGGAACCUGAGUGUGAACCUGUACACGGUCAAUGCCCCGUGGCUCUUCUCCCUGCUGUGGUGCGCAGGCGUCCCAUCCGUCACCUCCGACAACUCCCACACCUUGUCCCAGGUGCCUUCCCCACUUUGGAUCAUGCCCCCGGACGAGUACUGUCUCAUGUGGGUCACCGCCGACCUGAUCUCCUUCACCCUCAUCGUUGGCAUCUUCGUACUCCAGAACUAUCACUUGAUCAGGUGGCGCCUGGGUGGCAUCCGGAGCUACAACCCCGAGCAGAUCAUGCUGAGUGCCGCAGUGCGCCGGACCAGCCGGGACGUCAGCAUCAUGAAGGAGAAGCUCAUCUUCUCAGAGAUCAGCGAUGGCAUGGAGGUCUCCGAUGAGCUCUCCGUAUGUUCGGACAACAGUUACGACACAUAUGCCGACAGCGCCACCGCCCCGGUGGCCCCUCGGGGGAGCGGCAGCCGUGCCAAGACCCUCACAGACCGGAGUGGGCGUUAGCCGAAGACCAGUCUGUCCAGCUGUACCUCGUGUGGAGACAAGAGAAGCGCACAGAGCUGGCAGGAGCAUGCUCGGGGCGCUGACUCCACAGCCUCCUCAUAGGCUCCGGCCCCUUGUCAGCCACGGCCUCUCUUGGAGGGGCUCCCCUCUAGCCUCUCAGAUGCCCCUGCAGGCCUGGGGCUCCGUUUUCUGGGAAGUUUGGGGCCCGGGGCCCGGGGCCUGGUCCACUCCCUGAGGCCCUCCUUGGCAUCCUUACCUGGACGCUUUGGGGGGUCACUGGGCUGUGCCAUGCCCGCUGCAGCAGCAGAGGACGUGGCGCCCGCGUGUGCCCAUGUGUGUCUGUUCUCCUGUCCGUGCUGUGAGGAAACCGCCUUCUCGGUGAUUCUCCUGCCUCAAGGGGCUGGGCUGGGCCUCUGCCCCAGCACCUCCGCUCUUCCGUCAGUCUCAAAGCACAAGGAAGCUCGGCCCAGGAGGAAUGCCUGCUCCAGUGGUGGGGACACUUGUCCUCCCCACCCAGCCUCCCGCUGAUGCUGGCCAUGUCCCCCAGGAGCCGCUGGAGAUGGCAAGAGCAGGCUCAGGGCUGCUGGAUCCACACCCAGGAGAUCCACAGACUGACAUGACCUCAGGUUCCCACGUCAGUGGCCAAGAGCAGGGGCCACCUGGGAAAAGUGUUCAGGCAUGGUUGAUGGUGGGUGUAUGACCAAGGAGGCCUGCAGUGGAGGGAGCCUGAGGGGCCUUGGGCAGGAUGAUUAAAGCUGCCAUCUUGACACGUCUCAUCUCUGAAUUAUCAGUGGGAGGGUGGGGACAGAGCCUGCAGGGUUUGGGAUUCAGGUCCCAUGACUGAGGAAGAGCCAUUCUCGGGAGUGAAUGGGAGAGAGGCAGAGUGGUGGGCCCCUUCCCCGCCUCACGUGGCACUUGGGCUUGCUUCCUUAAGAGUCCUGGGUUCGGGGGGGCCAGUGUCCCCAUCCUGUGGUGGGGGAGACAGUCUUGGAGAGGCAAAGUGACCAUCCCUGGCCACAUAGCUUAGUACAGCAGAGCUAGGACCCCACCCUGGCUGUGGACCUUCCAUAACCAGCUGGGAACGGCAAGGCAGAGGGGGCGGGCUCCUGGGCCCACUGUAGGACUGGCCAGUGGGACUAGCAGUCACAUGAAGGGUUUCUGAGCUCCUGGCCUAUGGAGGAACAGGCCCUUAAUCAGGAGAUGCCUCUCCCUGAUGGCAGAGGUUUGGCUUUGACUGAAGAAGCCCACUCCCAUUCCUGGCACAGGGGGGCACCUGGGCUGAAAGCCAAAAUACAGCCCCUGGGAUCACAGAUGUCCUUGUCUUUCAGUCCUUGGACCCCUGCUCCCUGCCCGCCCUGGGAAGAUGUCUGUAACUCCCAUAUUUGUCCUAAGAGUCUGCAUGGUCUUGGGUGUGUCCUAAGGGGGAACGGGGAGGCUGAACCUCAGUUCCAGCCUGCAUUAAAUAAACAUGGUGCUUCGUGGGAA